GUUUUGUGAUAUCUCUUAAUUUAUUAAACACAUAGUAAAUAUCAUGUUUCGUUUUGAUUAACGUUCAACAAAAAAAUAAACCUAUCUACUAGAGUGUGACUAAUUUAUCUCUCCUAAAUACAGAAAUAGGGUAUAUAUAUUAAAGAGAGAAUGGUCUCGUGAAGAGGAAGAACCUAAGCUAGUAGUGUUCAUGCAAUUUGCAUCUGAGGAAUAUAUGCUUUGAUAGAGAGAGAGAGAGAGAGAGAGAGAGAUCAAAAGGUGACAGAGAGGGUGGUCUUCUUUGUCUGUCCCUGUCCGAAACUCAGGAACCCUAGUCUCUGAAUCCAUCAAGAAAGCAAGCUCUUAUCUUCUUUUAGGCUUUUGCUACAUAUAUAAACCUUUCUUUGAGGGAAGCUAGCUAGAGAGAAGAUAGAAAGAGAAAAGAUGAUGAGUCUAAGUGGAAGUAGUGGGAGAACAAUAGAGAGGCCUCCAUUUACACCAACACAAUGGCAAGAACUCGAACACCAAGCCCUAAUUUACAAGUACAUGGUCUCUGGUGUUCCUGUCCCACCUGAGCUCAUCUUCUCCAUUAGAAGAAGCUUAGAUUCUGCCUUGGUCUCUAGACUCCUCCCUCACCAAUCCCUUGGAUGGGGAUGUUACCAGAUGGGAUUUGGGAGGAAACCAGAUCCAGAACCAGGAAGAUGCAGAAGAACAGAUGGGAAGAAGUGGAGAUGCUCAAGAGAAGCUUACCCAGAUUCAAAGUACUGUGAAAAACACAUGCACAGAGGAAGGAACCGUGCCAGAAAAUCUCUUGACCAGAAUCAGACAACAACAACAACUCCUUUAACAUCACCAUCUCUCUCAUUCCCCAACAACAACAGCCCAAGUCCCACCUUGUCUUCUUCUUCCUCAUCUUCCUCUUCAACUACUUAUUCUGCCUCUUCUUCUUCAAUGGAUGCUUACAGCAACAGUAACAGGUUUGGUGUUGGUGGAAGUAGCAGUAACACUAGAGGUUACUUCAACAGCCAUUCUCUUGAUUAUCCUUACCCUUCUACUUCACCUAAACAACAACAACAACCUCUUCAUCAUGCUUCUGCUUUGUCACUUCAUCAAAACACUAAUCCUACUUCUCAGUUCAAUGUCUUAACCUCUGCUACUGACCACAAAGACUUCAGGUAUUUUCAAGGAAUUGGGGAAAGAGUUGGAGUUGGAGAAAGAACGUUUUUUCCAGAAGCAUCUAGAAGCUUUCAAGAUUCUCCAUACCAUCAACAACAACCGUUAGCAACAACAGUGAUGAAUGACCCGUACCACCACUGUAGUACUACUGAUCACAAGAUUGAUCAUCAUCACACAUACUCAUCCUCAUCAUCAUCUCAACAUCUUCAACAUGAUCAUGAACAGGAUCAUCAUCAUCGACAGCAACAGCAACAGUGUUUCGUUUUGGGCGCCGACAUGUUCAACAAACCCACAAGAAGUAGUGUCAUUGCUAAUUCAUCAAGACAAGAUCAUCAAAGUCAUCAAGAAGAAGAGGAGAAAGAUUCAUCGGAAUCAAAGAAGUCUCUUCAUCACUUUUUCGGUGAGGACUGGGCACAGAACAAGAGUUCUGAUUCUUGGCUUGACCUUUCUUCCCACUCAAGACUCGACACUGGUAGCUGAUUAAGGAUGGCAGUAUUCAAUGAUGGGUCUGCUGCACCAACACACACAACUUCGAAAUGUUGAAGAGUCACAUUUCACAUCUAUUUCCGUGGAACAAUGAGACAGGACACUGUUUGCAGAAACCUAUAUGUAUACAUUUAUGUAUCUUUCUCUUUUUCUAUGUGUGUUAGGUCCAACAAGAAAAGUGAUCCGACAGAUAUGUCUGUGUGUGUUCUCUUGCUUUCUCAAGAAAUCGUUUUAUAUUUUA